AUGACAAAAGACAGUACCCAAGAAGCCAAGGAUUUGACUCAUUUGUUAUCCCCAGAAGCUAAAUCAAGACAAAACUCACCUUUGAAAGAUGCUUUCAAGUAUUUCAAGUUGCCUAAUAUGACAUUUUUGGGUGGGGGUUUACCAUUGUCUGACUAUUUCCCAUUCGACAGAGUUAGCGCUGAUAUUCCAACCCCACCUUUUCCUAAUGGAAUUGGCGCACCAUUGAAUAAUGAAAGUAAAACCACUAUUGAAGUGUUUAAGAGAGCUGAUCAAAAUAAACCACACGAAAUUGAAUUGGCUAGAUCUUUGCAAUAUGGUUAUACUGAGGGACAACCAGAAUUGACUGCUUUCUUGAAGGAGCACACGGAAAUGAUUCACAGGGUUCCUUACAAGGACUGGGACUUGAUUGCAUCUGUUGGAAACACCGAAUCAUGGGAUUCUACAUUGAGAACAUUCUGCUCAAGAGGAGAUUCAAUUUUGGUUGAAGAAUAUUCGUUUUCAUCAGCAUUGGAAACUGCCAAUGGUCAAGGUAUUAAUACUGUGCCUGUGCCUAUGGAUGAUUAUGGUAUCAUUCCAAGUGGGUUAGACAAUUUAUUAUCUCAUUGGAUUGGUAACAAGCCAAGAUUGUUGUACACCAUCUCCACCGGUCAAAAUCCAACUGGAUCAUCAUUAAGUGCUGAAAGAAGAAAGCAAAUUUACGAUAUUGCUUGUAAGUAUGAUUUCAUUAUUAUUGAAGAUGAGCCAUACUACUUUUUACAAAUGGAGACUUAUACCAAGGACAAAAAGGCAAGGGAGGGUAAAACAGUGCAUGAGCAUGAUGAAUUUGUCAAGGCUUUGGUACCAUCGUUUAUUUCCUUGGAUACUGAAGGAAGAGUUAUCAGAUUGGACUCAUUUUCGAAGGUUUUGGCACCAGGUUUGAGACUUGGGUGGAUUGUUGGUCAAGCAAGGUUGUUGGAAAGAUAUGUCAGGUUACACGAAGUUUCAAUCCAAUGUCCAUCAGGUUUGACUCAAUCAAUGACAAAUGCAUUGUUGCAAAGUUGGGGACAAAAGGGAUAUUUGGAUUGGUUGAUUGGUUUGAGAGCCGAAUACACGCACAAGAGAGAUGUUGCCAUUGAUGCAUUGGAGGAAUAUUGUCCUAAAGAAGUUACCUCUUAUGUCCCUCCAGUUGCAGGAAUGUUUUUCACCGUCAACAUUGAUGUCUCUAAACAUCCAAAAUUUAAAGAAUUGGGAGAAGACCCAUUAAAGAUUGAAAAUUUGAUUUAUGAACAAAGUAUAAAGCAAGGUACAUUGAUGAUUCCUGGCUCAUGGUUCAAGUCUCAAGGUCAAUCAACUCCUCCACAAAAGAACUUGCCACAAAAUCCUGCUGCAAAGACUCAUAUUUUCUUUAGAGGUACCUAUGCUGCUGUUCCAUUGGACCAAUUAGUUUUUGGAUUGCAAAAGUUUAGUAAGGCUUUGAAGAUUGAAUUUGUGGAAUGUUAUACAGUCACUAUCAAUUCACAAGGAACAAGACUUGCGUCAGGUGGUCUUGACGGUUGCAUUAAGAUAUGGGAUACAGCCACAAUCAAUCUGUUUUUCAAAAUUCUGGAUAAACCAUACAAUAAGAGUAAGAAACCACAACCGACAACAACAUCAACAGCAUCAACAUCAUCAAACCAAACUUCAACUUUGCCCAGUGUCGAUGUCGAGUACACUCCUGACUUGCCUGACAAAUCACUACGUCGCCCCCUUUGUUCCAUGUCGAGACAUAAUGGUGUUGUCACGUCUUUAAAGUUUUCUCCUGAUGGACGUUGGCUAGCCAGUGGAUCUGAUGAUAAAAUUGUUUUGAUUUGGGAAAAGGAUGAUUCGCAACGACCAAACACAUUUGGGGUGGACCAAGUAGAUUUGGAACAUUGGACGGUGCGGAAAAGACUUGUGGCACAUGAUAACGAUAUCCAGGAUAUUUGUUGGUCACCCGAUGGCAGUUUAUUAGUUACUGUGGGUUUAGAUCGAUCAAUUAUUAUAUGGAAUGCAUUGACUUUUGAAAAGAUUAAACGAUAUGAUAUACAUCAGUCGAUGGUUAAAGGAAUUGUGUUUGAUCCCGCCAACAAAUUCUUUGCCACUGCUUCAGAUGAUAGGACUGUUCGCAUAUUCAGGUAUUAUAAGAAAAUGAAUGAGUACAACAAUUAUGAAUUUCAAAUGGAACAUAUUGUUGUUGAUCCAUUGAAAAAAUCGCCCUUGACUUCAUAUUUUAGACGAAUGAGUUGGUCUCCUGAUGGUCAGCACCUUGCUGUACCAAAUGCCACCAACGGACCGGUCCCAUCAGUGGCUAUUGUAAAUAGAGGAAACUGGGGGUCCGAUGUAUCGCUAAUAGGUCAUGAAGCACCAGUUGAAGUGUGUUCAUUUUCUCCAAGAUUAUUUCAAAUAGAUGCAAAUGCCAGUAAAGACGAUCCCAAAUUCCAAACGGUUUUGGCCACUGGUGGACAGGACCGUACAUUGGCUAUAUGGUCGACGUACAAUUCGAAACCUAUAGUUGUGUGUCAGGAUAUCGUUGACAACUCUAUUACUGAUAUAUGCUGGGAGCCUAGUGGCGAGACUUUAUAUUUUAGCUGCUUGGACGGUUCCAUUACAUGUGUCAAUUUUGGCAAUGGAGAAUUAGGUCAAGUUGUUAGUGAGGAAUUGAUUGAUCAACAAUUGAAUAGAUAUGGUGCUGAUAGAGAAUCGACUAUUUUGCCCGAGGGGGUUGAGCAGUUGCGGUUGGAGGAGAAUUCGACAGAAGCUAGGGCUAUUGCAAUAAGGAAAAUGAUGCCUAUAGAGCCAGCUAAAGCCCAGUUUGAGAAAAAGGACAAGACGACUAGCAGCAUUGUUUCGCCAAAAGCAAAGCCACAGGAAGAACUCAAAACUGGGACAACAUCUUUAUCACCAGCUUUGACGAUUGAUGCAUCUAGGCUAAGAAAACAAACUAUUUCAGUAACGAAAUCAGGUAAAAAGCGAGUGGCCCCUUUGCUUGUAUCUUCUUCGUCCUCGCCCAACAUAACACCAGCAAAAUCACUUGUCCAGUCCGAGGUCAAGAAGAGGAAGCUACAAUAUAAUUCAAAAUUAUCGCAGUCGACAUAUUUGCUACCGCGACGAGGAUUGCAAACUUAUGUCUCGGGGAUUAAAGAAAGUGAUUCAUCCACUACAUUGGAUGUGGAACAGGAAGGAGAUAACGACAAUUUAGACAUUGGUGGUGUAAAUGCAUUAGAAGAGGAAAUCAACACAUCACAACUUUCAGAAGCAGCAUUACGAAGACACAAGAAUCGGCAAAAACGUCAAUGGUUAGAAGCGAAAUAUCCCAACUCGUUUAAACUGAUCUCUCAUUUACCCGAUACAUUGUUUGCCAAUAAUGCAUUGCAAAACAUUGAAGUCAACAAGAUUUAUAAAGCGUAUGCCAAUAAUAAGGAUAUUCUGGCAGAGUUGUCGCGAGGCUCGGCCAUUGAUUUCGAUGAGGAUUUGAUGUUUUCUGUUGUUGUCAAUAAAACAGUGCAUAAGAAAGUGGCUGUUGAUGUAUUGGAUGAACUUAACAGUGCGGAGAAAGUGACAACAACUGUUGAAGUGCGUAAUGGGAAGCCAUGGCAUGAGAAUGCGACGCAAAAUGAUCGAGAUUUCGAUGAUCCUACCAAGGUUAUUGUUUAUGAUGACCAAGAUACUGAAGAUCGAAGAUUUACUUUGUUUUUCCCAUUUAGAAUCCAACUGAUUCUUCCUAUUAUCGACAAUGACCAAUUGAGAUAUUUUGUUUUAUGCUCGUUUAAUGGUAGUUUACAAAUCGUAUCGGCAAAAACGGGUAGAUACGUUGUCCCCACUAUUGAAUUACUUGAAAAUGUCAUUUGUAUGAAGUACAAGAAUGACAAGUUGCUUGUUUUAACCAGCUCGGGAUUAUUUUACGGAUGGGAUUUGAAAACAUUGAAAGUGUACAUGAACCAAGUGUCAAUUGCGACAAUUAUCAAUGCAUUUGAUAUUGAGAAUGCUAAAAGUGUCGUUAUGCCUAAUGUCACGGCGUUUGAAAUGAAUCCAAAUGAUGGAACACCUUAUAUUUUGACGGAUUUUAGUAAUGAUGUGUAUGGAUAUUCGUUGGAUUUGGAUUGUUGGAUCAAGGUGAUUGAAUCGUGGUAUUUCAAUGUGAGUAUGGAAGAGAUGAGGGGGGAUGUGGCAAUGGAGCAGAUGUACAAAAAGCUGAGAUUUGAGUUUAAACAGGAUGCGUUAAUGGGGAAUAUCUACACGUACAAAUUUGAUGACGAGGCAUCCAAUGUAUUAAAGAACUCAAUGAUGAGUAGGAGUAUGGAGAUGGAAGCGUUGAAUAAAAAUGACAUCAGUUGUUAUUUAUAA